AUGGUUCUCCACUACCUUUUCACCACCAGGCUCUCUUUGUUUUUCAGAACCCAAUUGCCCAACAAACCAAUGCUGACAAGAACACAACAAUUCCAUUCAAAAGCAGCACUCCAAAACAAUAGAGGAUUUUGCUUCCAUGACUGUGUCUCCCUCUUUCAGCACCUGAGGGACCUCAAAGACCUCAACUUUGGCAAAACUCUUCACUCUCUUUUCGUUAAAACUGCCCUCGACAAGGAUGUCAUUGUACAAAACAAUAUGAUUAGAUUUUAUGGAGACAUUGGACAAGUUCAGAAUGCACAUAAAUUGUUUGAUGAAAUUCCUCAACCGAGUUUGGUUUCUUGGACCAGCUUAGUCUCUUGUUAUGUCCACGUGGGGAAACAUGAAAUAGGUUUGAGUUUGUUUCGUGGCUUGUGUCAAUCCGGGAUGUGCCCCAACGAGUUUGGUUUUUUUGUGGCACUCAGGGCUUGCAGGGUCAUGUGUGAUCCUGUGAUGGGGAAGGUCAUUCAUGGGUUGAUACUCAAAAGUGGUUUUGAUUUGCAUAGUUUUUGCAGUGCUUCGAUUCUUCACAUGUAUGCUGAAUGUGGUGAUAUUGAGAAUUCCAGGAAGGUUUUUGAUGGGGUUUGUCUUGGUGAAAGGUGUGAGGCAUUGUGGAAUACUUUGCUGAAUGCUUACGUGGAGGUGUCUGACGUGAAGGGUUCUCUGAAGCUGUUUCAUGAGAUGGGGCACUCUGCUGUGUCACGGAAUCACUUUACAUGA